GUGAGAGCUUGUGGCUUGAUCAUCUUCAGGAGGCUGCAGCCAGCAUCAUCCUCUAAGGUCACUGACAGCAUCGAGUACCUCCUGCUUCAGACAUCGUACGGGAGCCACCACUGGACCCCGCCCAAAGGUGUGAGCACCCAGGCUUUGGAAAGGAUAUUGUGACAUAGCUUCACGCAGCAUCUUGGAUUUUCUCUUCACCAGCUGGAGUAAAAAAAUUCAGCAGCAAAGUUGCUAACCAGGUAUUGAGGCUGCAAAGGAAUAAUGGACACCCGGAUUACCCACCGCUUGGGAAAACAUGGGAACUUUCCGAAGGAGGGUGCCAAAGACGGACACUUGACUGACAACGUACCAGUGAAGCCCUCCAAGGAGCUGAGGCCCAUGUUGGGUGCCAUCCUGCUGGGCCUCAUCCUGUUCAUUGCUGCCGUGGUGGCCUGGUGCUACUACACGGUGUCCCUGAGGAAGGCGGAGCGGCUCAAGACGGAGCUGAUGGACCUGCGGGCGGACGGCUUCGUCAUCCGCAACCAGCACGGGGAGGUGGUGUUCCGGCUGGCCUUCCGCUCGGGCAGCCUGGACCUGGAGUCGUGCUCCAAGGAGGGCGAGAUCCUGAGCUGCUCGCGCUCCAGCCGGGGCCCGCUCAACUUCUUCAUCCAGACGGUGAAGCCCAAGGACACGGUGAUGUGCUACCGCGUGCGCUGGGAGGAGCUGGCGGCCGGCCCGGCCGUGGAGCACACCAUGUUCUGGGAGGACGCCCACUGGUACGGGGGCUCCGAGAUGAGCAUCCAGCACUGGCCCAUCCGCCUGGCUGGCUACCAGGAGCCCGUGCCCUACGUGACCAGCGACGUCUACUCCUUCCGCGACAACUUUGGCGGCAUCCUUGAGCGCUACUGGCUCUCCUCCAAGGCGGCGGCCAUCAAGAUCAACGACUCCGUGCCCUUCCACCUGGGCUUCAACGCCACCGAGCGCGCCCUCUUCUUCCAGGCCCGCUACAAGGACUCGCCCUACAAGCCCCCACCGGGCCAGCAGCCCUUCCCCGAGCUCAGCUACCGCGUCUGCGUGGGCUCCGACAUCACCUCCAUCCACAAGUACAUGGUGCGCAGGUACUUCAACAAGCCCUCCAAGAUCCCUGCUGAGAACGCCUUCCGGUACCCCAUAUGGUCCACAUGGGCCCUCUACAAGAAAGAUAUUGACCAGGAUAAAGUCCUGAAUUUUGCAAGAGACAUUAAGAAGUACCAUUUUAACUGCAGCCACAUUGAGAUUGAUGACAUGUACACCCAAGCCUAUGGAGACUUUGACUUUGACCCUGUCAAGUUCCCCAACGUAACAGAGAUGUUUGCAAAGCUGAGGGAAGAUGGGUUUAAGGUCACUCUGUGGAUUCAUCCUUUUACACACAUAGAUUCGCCCAAUUUUGGUGUGGGGAUUGAGCGUCAGCUGUUCAUCAAGGAGCCCUCGGGGCGGCUGCCGGCCAUGGUGGAGUGGUGGAACGGCAUCGGGGCCAUCCUGGACUUCACCAACCCAGCAGCCCGUGACUGGUUCCAGAGCCACCUGCACCAGCUCCGGCACAAGUACGGCAUCUCGUCCUUCAAGUUUGACGCGGGCGAGACCAGCUACCUGCCCAAGCAGUUCAGCACCUUCCGCCCGCUGUCGGACCCCAGCAUCUGGUCGCGGCGCUACACGGAGAUGGCCAUCCCCUUCUACGAGCUGGCCGAGGUGCGGGUGGGCUACCAGUCACAGAACAUCUCCUGCUUCUUCCGCAUCAUUGACCGCGACUCUGUCUGGGGCUACGAGCUCGGCCUCAAGUCCCUCAUCCCCACCGUCCUCACCAUCAGCAUGCUGGGGUACCCCUUUGUACUGCCAGAUAUGAUUGGAGGAAACUUCCUCCCCAACAAGACGGAGGGGGCGGUGGAGAUCCCCAACCGGGAGCUGUACGUGCGCUGGCUGGAGCUGUCGGCCUUCAUGCCCUCCAUGCAGUUCUCCAUCCCUCCCUGGCUCUAUGAUAAGGAGGUGGUGGAGAUUGCCCAGAAGUUCACACAGCUCCACGAGUCUCUUGUGGCCCCGCUGCUGCUGGAGCUGGCUGGGGAGGUCACCGACACGGGCGACCCCAUCAUCCGUCCCAUCUGGUGGAUCUCGCCCCGCGACGAGGCCACUCACCGCAUCGACUCCCAGUUCCUCAUUGGGGACACCCUCAUGGUGGCUCCUGUGCUGGAGAUGGGCAAGCAGGAGCGCGAUGUCUACCUGCCGGCGGGCAAGUGGCGCAGCUACAAGGGGGAGCUGUUUGAGAAGACCCCGAUGCUGCUCACCGACUAUCCCGUUGAUCUGGACGAAGUUGCCUAUUUCCUCUGGGUUUCCUAACAGGGUCCUCUUCAGCUGUGCAAUGAACUCAGUGAUUAAUUUACUAGUGGCUUUAAUGACCUGGCAAUUUUAAUAAUUUUUAAUGUAUCAAUAUUUCAGACUGAAAUUUCAAGGAGACACGGAGACCUCUGUUUUGUGUGGCAAUUGCUCUACAAUAACUUUUUAAAAUGUGUACUGGAUGGGUGUCUUUGUUACUGCAUUGUGACAAGUGUAGUGGAUAGAAACACAGUCUCUGCUCAUAAUCUUUUCCCACCAAGAAGUGCCAUGCAUGCUUCUUCUGUCUAAAGGCAAUUACAUGGUCUCCUUUGUUGCCCAGUUACACAGAUGAUCCCCUGGGACAUAGAAAAUUUCAUGUGCUUAGUGAAGGAGGCAGCUGCAGCAAAGUAAUUUUUUUUUUUUACAGAAAGCAGUCUGUGGUUAUCCUGAAGAGGAAGGCACCCAAUUUUCAGCCUGCAUAUCAGAUAGGGGCUGAUGCAGGACUUAGGGGUUUGCAUUUCCCAUGGCCUGAGCUAUCUGAGCAGUAAGAAAGCUACAGCACUUGCUAGUGCUGUGGCAGCUGUUUUCCCCCUUUUAUAAAUUACUGAGAUCCAUGUCCAUGGUCUGCAUUCAGGUAAGCCUAUAAAAUGUGGUGAUAUCUCAUGGCAGUCAAGAUUAAAUCUUAGUACUAAGUCAUGCAGGAAUUUAUACUUAGUAGGCUCCAUGUGUGUUUUAGGACCAUGUUAAGGACAAAGGUGUAAUCUGUCAGGUGCCAAGAGAGAAUUUGGCCUCCUCAGAGAGUUCAGACAAUUAACAAACCUGCCUGAUUACCAGGCUGCCUCAAUUUCCCCACUGAGAAUGUUUUCCCAUCCUGUGUUAAUGGGGAUCCCUGCCCACGACGGGUGGAUCCUUCUGUAUCCUUCUGCCCACAGAGGUGACCUCUCCAGAAUGAAGGUGUCCCAGCAGCUCCUGAAGGCUUCGGGUAACCAGGCUGGCUGUGAAACACUCUCCACUAUUGCCUGACUGUUUUCUGCUGUUUUUAAGCAAAAAGAAAUUUUAGGUUGACAUGACUGGACAGUUUAAGAGAGUCCAAGGGUCUCUGGGCUGCAAUGUGCCUUCCCAUAGUGAGAGACAGACCACUUUGCUGGCUCCAGCACACUUCCAUGGGCACUUGGGAGGUAAAGCUGUGUGUGGCCCCAGGGCAAGAGAAAGCUUUUUUUUUAGGGGUUUGCCCCAGGGCUGCUUCAUACAAGAAGGAAACAAAAUGGGUCUGGGGAGCAUUGUACUCAGUCCAGAGGUUGUUUGGUGCCCAGAGGAAGCAGAUCCAAAACUGGCUCAAACCUGUUAUCCCUCAGUAGGUCCUUCAUUCCACAAGGACCCUGCAUGGACACAGCAGCAGUGCCAAGUGGGAUGAGCCAGAACAUUUUUUAGAUGCCCCUGAAAGUAGCUGAAAUUGCAGUAAUGCUGUCAGUGGUGUGGCAGUGGAGAGGAAAAACUAGCCUUAAUGCAGGGAUGUGAAAGGGAAAGCAGUGUUCAUUCUGGCAGUUGUGCUCAGGGUUAACAAGACACCACCGAAUCCUUACCAUGGGCUUUCUCCCACACCAGGAUGGUAGAUUCCAACAAAGCAUCUCCCCAAAGUCUGAGAAAGUGUUUCUACAGUUGCUGCUUUGAAGCUCCAAAUGGUCCCCCACAUCUGGUCUUGGGGGGAACCAGAGGAUCCCAGGGUGGCCCAGCAUAAUUCCUCUAGCUGUUGUUCCUGCACUAAAAAAAGUUUUCUGCAAAGCUCAUGCCCACAGUGCUGAGAGAGGAGAGAGCCAGACUUCAUCACCCUCAAACAGUACCUCUGCCCCUGUAAUCAAUGUGCUCUGCAUACACACAGCUCUGCCACCCACCUGCACCCCAAGCUGAUGGGGAGAAAAACAGGCAACACUGAGACUUCCUGCAAACCCUGGGGGUGACAUUGGAUGCCUGGUCCCAUGGCUGCAGAAGUGUCUCCCCCAAUCCCUUUCCAAUCUGUCCCUCAGCUCCUUUCCCUGCUGCCCAGCUGAGCCACAGGAAGCCACGGGGGACAGGUGCUGGAGGCAGCCUGUGAGCAGGUGGCACCACAGCCACCUCUCCAUGUCCCCUGCCACACAGGGGCUGUGUGCUGUUGGAGGGACAUUUUGAUUCAUCUUGAUUGCCUUGCUAAGCUUUAGUCCUGGUUGAUUUUUACAUUCCCAGUGCUGUGCAUGUGCUCUUUGCUGGAGGUGCUGGUGACAUGAGACUCUCCUACAGAACCUGGCUCACCACAGGCUGCCUGUUUUUUGGCAGGGGAAGUUUACUGCACUCUUUGAUGACUGCUGAGCUAAAAAACACCCAGCCCUACAGGCAAAAUAAAAAUCCCAAACAAAUAAAAAUCUGUUUUUCUCUG